CAACGGCCUGGAGUACCUGGCUGAGGUAGACCAACUCCUGGUCCAACAGCAGAUUGAGCUGUUCGAGGCGCUGACCAGCAUAGAGACACGGAACAGAUAAGCCAUCAAGAACACCAUGGGGCAGCAGGUGUACUUUGCCUACGAGGAAACUGGGUUUUGGAUGCGAGUCUGCUGUCAGAGUGGAAGGGGCUUCUUUCUGCAUAUCCGGAACAAUUUUGGCCAGGAGGUGAUUCGUGUCGAACGACAGUUCAAGUGCAUGGCUGGCGGUUGCUGGCUGGCCAAUCUUGACUGCUGCUCGUGGGAGGUUACUGUAGAGUCUCCGCCUGGCAACCCCACUGGACGCGUCAAGCAGGGGAUUACAUGUACUUUGAGAUGGAUUCUAACUCAUCUUAGCCGCAUCGUUGGUAUGAAGGUCAGAGUGAGACCUUCACCUCAUUGGCAACGAUUCGUUUGAAGUAUCCAUAAGAGGCAUUGCUUUCCGAGGGAGAAGUUUUCUGAGUCCGAAUAAAAAUAAAACACAAUGUUCUUGAAAAUGUCAAAUUUUAAAAAAAAUUGGCUGAUUACACACUUGGUAAUUUUAAAGAAACUAAUUGACGUUUUCUGGUUAAGUUUUCCUUUUGUUCAGUUCUGUGCAUUUCCUCGAUUUAUGGGACCGAAAAAAGGAGCAUUGUUAACAGAAAUGGAAUGGCUUUGGAGUUUUUCAUCUGUAGGCCUGCCAAUGUUUAGGUUCAAAAUGUGAAAUUUCUUGGCAAUGUUCCUUCGUAAUUUUGACCUCUGUUGCCUGUAAUCUGUGACAAUAUAGUGACCGAUAAAGAUUCAUUGUAUUUGAACAGAAUUUAGAGGGCCCUCGUGUGCUGCCCGGUUUCCACGUAUUGGGUAACCUCGACAGGUGAACUUAUGAAAAAUGAACCUGGAAAGAAUGGGAUUACAUUCGUUUUGUAAAUAACUUCCACAGAAUCAUACCUCUGCUUACAGAAGACAGUAUGUAGCUAGCGACAGAUACUUAGCCAAAGUGUCUGCAGAUACAAGAAAAAUCGGCUCUCAGAAAUGUUAAACAGUAAAAAGGUGCUUAGAACUUGAGUAAAUGCUGAAAAACUUUGAGUAUUUACUUUUAAAACGUUUCCCACACGACAUGUUUAUAGACAUUUGCAUUGAAAUACAUUGAGGAACGUGUUUUAAUUAAUGGUAAAAGUAUUUAAAUGCUGUGUGGAUUUCACAGAGUUUGUCGUGGAAAAGUAUUUAGCAUUUAAACACACUCCUAAACGCAUUGCAUGGGUUGAACGUACUUUAAAAAGUGGUUACAAAAACAGUUUAAACCCUGAGCGCCAUUUUAAUGGUAUAUUGGAGCAACAGUGAUUAUAUUACUCGUCGAAACGGUUUCAAAUAUCAUGUAGAAUGAGGGUAAAUGGACGCUUUGUGCGCCCUCUGCAGUUAUGAAAAACGCCAGCAUAGCAGAUGCAUACCUGAAGAUUAUAAAUACUGAACAUUUGUUGAAUUGAAGCAUGUUUUAAGAAGACACAUCGGAGUUGGCAAGCGUUCAAUCAAAUUUGAGAGAGUUUUUUUUUCAGGGCGUAAAAUGACAGAUAGCCUCGUAUUCCCAGGCGAAUAGCGUUAGAUUUUGUUGCGGAUUUUGGUUGUUUUUUUUCUUGUUAAGCUGGAUUGUUCUUGGAUUAUUAAGUAAGAUGACUUUCUGAUUGUUGAAUAGUAUUUAGUAUUUGGUGCGGCUACCGACGCAAUUGUAUUGAUGUAUCAUGACUUAUUACAGGUUUUUUUACCACAUGUAUAGGUGUAGAUGACUAUCGUCAAGAAGUAAUCGUUCUUCCCAGUAAAGCACAAACACAGGUCUGACUUCCUAAUUUGUGGCAAGUUUAUUGUCUCACACGCGGUAGCAAAUAAACAUUCUUUUUACUCUUAUUUGCUAUCCAAUUUUUCAAGGUAAAUCAAAAGUUGUUGAAGGCUGACAUGUCACAUACUUGUUUUCUUUUUGUUAAAUAUGUGGUGUAAUUGCUAGAGAACAAUACCAGUUCCUUCGUCCUGCUUGAUAUAGCGCCACCGUUUGACAGAUUAUCAGCACCUCAGUGGCGUACUACUAAAACCAAGUUUAAAAAUAACUGUUUGUUUCAAUAUUAUGCAGCAUGAUUUAAUUGCACAGAAAUAACUGAAGCUUAAAUUCGUCCUAUUUCAGCUUUGUGUUUUUCCUCUAAACGGAACUUACAGGGUUCUGCCUUUAUAGGCUAUACGUUAUGUAAAUCUCUAGCUUUUACGUCCUUUGUGUAUCGGUCUUUGAAUACAAAAUGUACAGUAAAUCCUGCAAUCGAAAAUGUCUUUGUACAACAUCUUAUACAUAUACAAAGUUGUGUCCUCAUUUUCAAAAUAAACGACAGAGAAUC